UCAAUCACAGACAACUCCUCCAGAAAGAACUCUUGUUCCCAUCGCAUCUCGGCGGCUCCUCCCCCCUCCUCGCCCCGAUCCAACUCGCCGGCGGCCAUGUCGCAGCCGGCUGCCGCCGCCGUCGCGGCGCAGCCGCAGGGGCAGGCCCCGGCUGGGCGGCAGGGAGGCGGCCUGGGCCAGAGCCUCGCCGGCAUCCUGCGGAUGGCCGUGUUCUGGUACUUCGCGUCCAAGUUCUUCGGCCCCAAGCGCGCCCCCACGGAGCCGGGGUUGCUCAUGUCCAACCUCUUUCAGAAGGGAGAGCCAAUGGAUAUGUGGAUGUAUUUAUCGGAGAAUGAUAAAUUUAGCGACUUUGGUAAUGAGGAUGCACUCAUCUGGCAUGAAACAAACAUACCAUAUGCAGUCUGGGCGCCUACCAGUACCCGAACACACACAUUGACAUACUAUCCAACUGAGGCUCUCAAGCACAAUGGCUCUUUGUAUGCUCAUGUUUAUUUCUCUCGUUCGGGUUACCCUGUGGACCCUACUGAUCCUGAAUAUGAGCAAAAAUCUGCAUUUGGAAGGACACAUCCUAUUGUGGCAUACUUGCGGAAAUCAAAAGCUGGUCAUAAGAAGAGCUUGCUUGGAGAUUCAGAUGAGUCUGAGGAAAAGCUACCUCCUAAGGAGAACAAAGAAUCCGACGACAAAGAGGAGGGCCCAGUUGAAUAUAUUGCUUAUUGGAAACCAAAUGUGACAAUAAAUCUUGUUGAUGACUUCACACGGUAUCCCCAAAACAACAUUCCUCCAAAUGUUGCUCCAUUUUUGAAUGUGGAUCCAACUACAAACAGCUACUAUCCAACUGUAUUCUUCAAUGAAUUUUGGCUGUUGAGGGACAAAUUGACAGCACUCAACGAGACUGUGAAGGAGCUGACCUUGAACCUUGAAGUUAGUCCUAUUAGCAUGACCAAGUGGCAAUUAUUUCUACAGAUUGAGCAGUCUUUCCAAGUUCAUCGUAGUUAUGGAAGUAUGCUUGAAGGCGAGGCUGAUGAGCUCAAGAGGGUUUUCCUUGAAGGGAAUCCAUAUCUACUGGGCUUGACCAUGAUUGUAUCUCUGUUCCACUCUCUGUUCGAUUUCCUGGCUUUCAAGAAUGAUAUCCAGUUCUGGAAUAAGAACAAGUCCAUGGAAGGUCUUUCAGCGAAAUCUGUUGUUCUGAACUUCAUUUGUCAGCUGAUUAUAUUUCUGUACCUGCUUGACAAUGAUACAUCAUGGAUGAUUCUUGCUAGCUCUGGAGUUGGUGUGUGCAUUGAAUUUUGGAAGAUAGGAAAAGCGAUGCAUGUUGAGAUUGAUAGAAGUGGAAAGAUUCCCAUGUUGAGAUUCCGGGACCGUGAGUCAUACGCACAGAAUAAGACUAAGGAGUAUGAUGCGCUUGCAAUGAAGUACCUUACCUAUGUCCUUCUGUUCCUUAUGGCUGGCUUUGCUAUCUAUUCACUCAAGUAUGAAAAACACAAGAGCUGGUACUCGUGGAUACUCUCUUCCCUCACAAGUUGUGUUUACAUGUUUGGUUUUAUUAUGAUGUGCCCACAAUUAUUUAUCAACUACAAGCUGAAGUCCGUUGCUCAUAUGCCAUGGAGACAAAUGACCUACAAGUUCCUUAACACUAUAAUUGAUGAUCUGUUUGCAUUUGUGAUUAAGAUGCCAUGGUUGCAUCGUCUCUCGGUUUUCAGAGAUGAUGUUAUCUUCUUGAUAUACCUCUACCAGAGGUGGGUGUACCCAGUUGACAAGAAGCGUGUCAAUGAAUUCGGUUUCGGAGGGGAAGACGAACCGGCAGCACCCCAAACUGUGGAAGGAGCAGCGGCAGCCCAACAGAUCGAGGCCAAGGCUGAGACGAGCACAGAGGACAAGAAGACAAAGUGAGCCUAAACACAUGCAUCUAGCCAGCACUGGCUGUUUGGGCCACCGGGCACAAAUUUUCCGUGUGCCGAAUUCGACGCUGGACACAACAGCUUCACGCGUUGCUGACUGUUAAAAGAAAGAAGGAUGUAACAGGUUCAGAUUGGGCGCGUUGACACAAUACAGUCUUGUUGCCAUUACUGUUUAUUUGUUUGGGUUUGUUUUUCUAUGCUUAGCAACAGCUAUUUCUAGAUGGACCUUGAGGAUGUUGAUGUAUAAGUUUUGCCUGCUGGAAAAAUAUCAUUCACGCCA